AUGACGGGUUCCAGCGACCGAUCAACUGCGAACGAUGCGACUGCAACUCUAACUGCGACCUCGAAUGCGCCUAACACAACUUCUGCGCAAAGACCAAGUGCAGUUCGAGACCCCGCUGCAGAGGACAGUGUCGAGACGUCAACGUCAGCUCCCGCCGCAGCCGCUCCCGCUGAUGAAGUAGCAAACACCACUUCAAACACUGUGCCAGACGCACCUCAGCAACAAGCUUCCCAAGCUCAGCAAGCUCAAGAAGCUCACGAAGCUCCCCUCCUAGCUCCAACCACCACCCACGAGCAACAAGCGACGACAGCUCCAUCAUCAUCAUCGUACAAUGGCUCCCACAACGACGGCCACCACGGCCGCCACCAUGGCCACCACCACGACAACAUAGAAGCCGCCGGCCACGACGACGCCUCCGACUCGGACGAGUUCUCCCUCACCGAAGGCUACGAAACCCGUUCUACCGGCAGCACCUCCGCCACCUCCUCCAUCUACGCACAUACCUACGAGCACGGGCGUCGCUACCAAUCCUACAAAAACUCUCGCUAUCCGAUCCCCAACGACGAUGCCGAGCUGUCGCGCGAAGACAUGAAGCACGCCAUGCUUCUCGAGCUGCUGGACGGCCAGCUGGCGUUUGCGCCCCUCGGGAAGAAUCCGCAGAAUAUACUGGAUAUUGGAACGGGAACGGGUAUUUGGGCGAUUGAUGCCGGUGAUCGAUGGCCGAUGGCUAGGGUCAGGGGAAUGGAUAUCUCUCCUGUUCAGCCAAUUUGGGUACCCCCUAAUGUGGACUUUUUGGUGGAUGAUUGUGAGCAGGAGUGGUUGAUGAGGGGGGAGGUGGAUUAUGCGCAUUUUAGGUUUAUGGCGACGGUGUUGAAGAAUUUGCCGGUGGUUUUGGGGCAUGCUAUGGAAGCCCUCAAACCAGGCGGUUGGAUCGAAUUCCAAGAACUAAACUGCGAAGUCUUCUGCGACGACGAGACCAUGCCCGCCGACGACCCAGUCAAAGUCCUCUACGACCUGACCCAACAAGCCUUUGCCAAGUUCAACAUGAACAUCACCAUGCCCAAGAUCCUCAAGCAAUACCUUGCCGACGCCGGGUUCGUCAACAUCCAGUGUGUGGUCAAGAAGGUGCCCAUUGGCGUCUGGGCAAAGGAUAAGACGCUCAGGCUGGUCGGCAUGUAUCAGAAGAUGGCCAUUCUGGAGAUCAUGCAGGCCCUGGCGGGCAGACCGUUUGAUGCCCUGGGACUGGAUCAGGUGCAGAAGGAGAUGAUUAUGAUGGAGGCUAGGAAGGGGUUGGAUAAUCCGAGGGUGCAUCGGUAUUUCAACUACUACUUCUGGUUUGCGCAGAAGCCACAGUAG